GGAGUUAGUUGCGUGCGUCACGUUGUGAAUUGAAGACCAAGAACAUGGUCUGAAUGGCUGUCUUUACAGUCACUGGAAGACGUUUUCAUGCACCGAACACCAGAAGGCAUGGCUGGGAAGCCUUUCCGGGCCACCUAUAUCUGGGGCAGCAUCAUCUCCAAUCUCCACACUCGUGUGGCGGUUAAGCGCCGGCGCCACAACCUCAAAUCCUACCAUGACUGCUUCCUGGGCUCAGAGGCUGUGGACGUGGUGCUGGGACACAUCACCCUGAACCGUUUUUUUGGUGAUGAGGCGGUGCCCCGCUACAAGGCCGUCCGUCUCUGUCAGGCACUGAUGGACUCCAGGGUGUUUGAGCCGGUGGGCGUCAAAGUUUUUGGGAAGGAAAAGAAGCGAGCCACAUUUGAGGACAGUAGUUUCAGUUUGUACAGGUUCCUGAGCCCGACGACUGGCUCCUCAUCAUCGCUGACCAACACCAACUCUCUCUCCACUACCACCAUCGAGAGCGGCUAUGACUCACCGAGAAUGAACAGGAACGAGAACGGCUACAGUCCGUCACAUGAAAGACAAGGCAUGCCAAGCUACUCCACCCACUCCCCUGUCAAAGCAAACAAAUCACUGGAGGACGUGCUGGGAAACCUCAACCUAAGCUCCACCAUCACUCCUCAGAUGAUCAACCUCGGCCUCUCACAAGAGCUUGUGGAUGAGGUGUGGCACCAGCAGGCGGUGUUCAGGCUCUUGCAGCUGAUAGAGCUCCCCCUGUUGGAGAAGCUGUUAGAGGGUAAAGACACAUCGCGGCCCCCCCUGCAUGGCAUGGACAGCGACCCGGACCUGUUGUAUACAUCAAGCUACCUAGACAGAGAGGUCCUCAAGGCCUUCAGUGAAGCACAGGCUGAUGAGUGGAUGUCGGGGGCAGUGGACUGUCUGGAGUUUCUUCCUGAUGAACUGGUGGUGGAGGUCAGUCGAGGUUUGGCCGGUUGUGCUGACGACAUGCUCCGGUGUAAGAGUCUGCUCUACGAGGUCCUGGCUCAGCAUUACGGACACACACAACAGCCACCUCUGCUCAGCAACCACGUGUUCGACAUCCACUCUGGCAUCUCCGAGCUACUUGUGAACGGCAAGCAAGAGCAAGCUCUAGAGGCUCUGCAGCUGAGCCUAAAGCUGCAGGACUCUCGCAGCAGGGAGGAGCUCCGCAGGCUCCUGAGAUUCAUGGCUGUCGCGGCCAAACCACAGGAGGUCAAACUGCACAAAGAGAUCGAGAACAGAAUGGCAGUGAAAAGGUCUUUCUCAAGUGCCAUCGUCUACAGCAGAAGACUCUCCAAAGGAAAGGUGGACUUGAUGGUUCUGUUCAUGAUGGAUAACCACUACGAUCUGUUCAAAAUUCCCGUUUCAUUGCACAAGAUGGUCAGUGACAGAAUAAUGAAUAUUGUGAAAGGGAAGGAUCCAGAUGUGACAACAGGACCAACGUACUGCACAAGAGUGAGUGCUAAGGCCUACUCAGAAAAUACACAAAAAAACACUAAAGAGGAACUUUGGUCCUUGCUCCAGACCAUCCAUGAGAACCCUAAACUCUCCACUAAAGAGAAGAGACGGCUGCUGGGACAGUUUUAUAAAGGCCAUCCAGAGAUUUUUGUUCAGUACUUUGGAAAUAAGAUUGUCUAGUGUCAACAUGUUGCUACAGUGAUAUUUAUUAUCAUGAUCAUGUAUUAUAAAAGAGGCAGAUGUAAGAACAAAAGCUAAUGUGAUGUAAAUUCUAAGAUGUGCACAGUAGAAUGUGGAUUUUAUUUACUUGUAUGUAAAUAGUUUAGACUACUGAACAAGAAUGUGAAUUUUAACUGUGGAACUUGUAAUGAGCUGCGAUAUUUAAGGGCAAAUUUCAUUUCUUAGAUAUUUUCUUUGGUGCAGGCCACUAACAUGAAAUGUCCUUGUCAGUUAUAUGUGAGACUGUAACUUACCCAGAAUGACAAAAUGAACCAAGUGUUCUUGAGAGUAAAAAAAAAAAAGUUUUUACACUGCAACGCGUCUUGAUGGCAUUCGGACUGUCUGCAUAUAUCGCUUUUCAAUGGAUGUAUUCUUUGUGCUUGUGCAAUAGGAACAGUGUUAGCAAUAAAAAUGUGUCUGUUCAUGUGGUUUCUCGUAUACAAUGUGAUGCACAGUAGAGCUAUGUCUUGAGGAACCCUCAAACGGAAAUUUGAACCUGGAAAUUUAAAGUCCAAUGUUGUGCUGUAGUAAACAGUCAGAGGCAUUCAUGAGAAUCAGCCCUCUGGGUUUUUGUGUUUGCUGGAACAUAUCAGCAAAACAGAUGUUUGUACGUUGUUGUUUUUUUAACUUAAAACCUUAGCCGCGUUUUAGUGGUAUCUUCAGGGUUCUGUUUUGAAUAAGGUUUAUGUAUUCAUUCGAAUCAGCUGAGGAAAUCGCUUCCACAUUUCCAGGUGACAUAAGCAUUCCCAGACUAAGUUUAAACCACUCACAUCUUCUUUGUAUUUUGGCAAAUCUUAAUAAAAUUCAACUGGAAUUGUGUAACAUUCAUACAUGUACAUUGCCCCUUUUCAUCGCAGACACAAAAUGUGUGUAUUCUGAUAAGAAAAAGAGAACAAAUGGAAUCUGGUUUGUCAAGUUAUUUAUCCAGUUUGCAGUAUGUUGUGUCCAUUCUUACUUGACCCCUACACAGGCCUUGCACAGACUUACAGUCCCCUCCUUUUUAAUAAUGAGGCCCAAUUGUGAAAUCUAAGGCUGUUUUUUUGCUAUUGAGAUUCCCAGUCAACUAACGAACUUGUGAAAUUGUUUGCUACUGUUUUUCUGCAAAAUAGAAGAAGUAGUUUGGAACUACUGUAAUGUUGAGUUUAUGUUUCAUAAAAGGCCAGUACUGUU